GAUUAUUAUAAAGAUCAUGGCUCGAACAAAACAGACUGCUCGUAAAUCAACCGGUGGAAAAGCUCCCCGAAAACAACUCGCAACCAAGGCAGCACGUAAAAGUGCCCCAGCAACUGGUGGAGUCAAGAAACCACAUCGUUACAGACCUGGAACAGUCGCUCUUCGUGAAAUCCGUCGUUACCAGAAGUCGACCGAGUUGCUUAUCCGCAAGCUUCCCUUCCAACGUCUCGUCCGUGAAAUUGCUCAGGACUUCAAGACAGAUCUUCGCUUCCAGAGUUCAGCUGUUAUGGCCCUUCAGGAGGCUAGCGAGGCUUACUUAGUUGGCCUGUUUGAUUUUUUUAACUUGUGCGCCAUUCACGCCAAGCGAGUCACCAUCAUGCCCAAGGACAUUCAUUUUUUUCGCCGAAUCCGUGGCGAGAGAGCUUAA